CCACAAUCCAGCUACACGUUGGGAGCAAUAAUCGCUUCUCUUAGAACUGCCACUGUUCGCACGCCUUUCGUUUCCAUUUUCGUUGUUUCAGUGCACCAAUUCAACUCCACAAUGCCCGGCGUAAAUGGCACAACGAACGGGUCGACGGCCUAUGGAGAGGUCGCUAUCGAGAAGAUUGUUGAAGACGAACACAAACCUACAGCACCGGCACAGACAAGCGAAGAUGACAUGCAGCUUGUGUUGCAGAGUUUCAGACUGCUUAUAGCAGAUCUAUGCCAGCAGUUCGGCAUGGGACACCCUGGUGGGGCCAUAGGAAUGGCUGCGAUUGGUGUAGCCCUCUGGAAGUACGCCAUGAGAUACGCGUCACAACAGCCCGACUGGUUUAAUCGAGACCGCUUCGUCUUGUCCAACGGCCACACAUGUCUGUUUCAGUACACUAAUCUAUAUCUCUCCGGUUACAAAGCGAUGACAUGGGAGCAACUCCUCUCAUACCACUCGGAACGACCCGACAGUCUGUGUCCUGGACACCCUGAAAUCGAGCACGAGGGCAUCGAGCUUACCACCGGGCCCCUGGGGCAAGGCAUUGCAAACGCGGUUGGCCUGGCAAUGGCAACGAAGCACCUCGCCGCCACUUUCAAUCGCCCGGGCUACGAUGUUGUUGAUAACCACACAUGGUGCACCAUCGGUGAUGCAUGUAUGCAGGAAGGAGUUGGAUGUGAAGCCUUCAGUUAUGCUGGUCAUCUGGAACUCGGCAACCUCACCGUAAUCUAUGACAACAACCAAAUCAGCUGUGAUGGCAGCGUAGAUCUGACGAACACUGAAGAUGUCAAUAGGAAGAUGGAAGCUUGUGGUUGGGAGGUCAUCAAUAUUGAAGAUGGCAACAACGAUGUUGCGGGCAUUGUCGCAGCAAUGGAAAAGGGCAGAGACAAGACUAGGGAGAGACCGCUCUUCAUCAACGUCCGCACUAUCAUCGGUAUGGGUAGCGCCGUAGCGGGCCAAGCCGUCUCCCACGGCGCACCCCUCGGCGCUGACAACGUCGCUGCCAUGAAGAAAGCCUGGGGCUGGGACCCAGAGAAGCACUUCCACAUCCCGGACACAGUCAAGAAAUUCUACGCCGACAUCCCCCAGCGUGGCGACCAGCACGUGCAGAAAUGGACUGACCUCGUCGCCGCAUAUACCAAAGCCCAUCCUGACCUAGCUCAAACCUUCAAAGACCGUAUGGCCGGCAAGCUGCCCGACAACUGGCAGUCCAUGAUCCCGACCUCAUUCCCCACCGACCCAACACCAACCCGCAAAUCCAACAAUCUCGCCAUGGCCGAGCUCUUCGCCAAAGCCCCUACUUUCAUGAUUGGUACUGCCGACCUCACCCCCUCCGUAAACCUCACGCAUCCCAACUACCAAACCUUCAACCCACCCUCCCUCAUCCCCACCUCGGGGCCCCGCGGCUCCUACUCCGGCCGCUACAUCCACUACGGCAUCCGCGAGCACCUGAUGUGCGCCAUCGCCAACGGACUGGCAGCCUACUCCCCAUUCACCAUCCUCCCCGUGACCUCCACCUUCGCCAUGUUCUACCUCUACGCAGCGCCCGCCGUGCGCAUGGGCGCCCUCCAGCGCCUCCCCGCCAUCCACAUCGCAACCCACGACUCCAUCGGCGCCGGCGAGGACGGGCCCACGCACCAGCCCGUCGAGCUCGCGGCACUGUUCCGCGCCAUGCCGCACUUGACCCAUAUCCGGCCUGCGGACAGCGAGGAGGCGGCGGGCGCGUGGCUGGUCGCGGUCGCGAAUAGACACGGCCCGAGCAUGAUCAGUGUCAGUCGCCACGCGCUGCCGCAGCUAUCGGGGCUCACGAAGCGCGCGGAUGUCGCAAAGGGCGCGUACGUCCUCCGCGACGCGCCCGACGCGCGCAUAACCCUGAUCAGCGCCGGCGCGGAACUGCACCUCGCGCUGAGCGUCGCGGACAUACUGAUCUCCCGCGGGACGUCCGCCCGUGUGGUGAGUUUCCCGUCGCACGCGCUGUUCCGUGCUCAGCCGCUCGCGUACCAACGCUCAGUGCUGCGGCGCCAUGAGGGCGUGCCGGCGGUGGUGGUCGAGCCGUAUGUGGCGCUGGGGUGGGAGCGGUGGGCGGAUGCGGGCGUGCAUAUGAGCGGGUUCGGGCACUCGCUGCCAGGGAAGUAUGUGUACAAGCAUUUCGGAUUUGAUGCGGAGGGGAUGGCUGGGAGGGUUGGGGAUUUCUUGGAGAGCUGGGGGAGGGGUGAGGUCGGGAGGGGGGAGUAUGUGGAGUUGUAGGUAGAGCAGGGGAAUCUGCUGUAAUUGUUGGUCGACAGGAAGGUAAGCGUUGUUAAAG